GACUAGUAUGAACCGCAUGCAGACUGGAUCCUCUCGGAUGAGACCACGAAGUUGGAAAGUACGAAAGUAAAGACAAGUCACGUGACCAAUGGACAAAAUCCAAUAUGGCGGAUGUUUACACAGAGUCUAAAGGAGAUCCACCAGAAGACAACACAGUAGAAGAAGAAAGUGGAGAGAAAAAACAUACAGAACAGUCAUCUUUGGUGGACGACUCUACAAAAGCCUGGUCAACAACCCCUCAGAAUCCAUUUGCACCACGUCCUACUCUGAAGACAGAUAUUGUUUCUACUGCCUCACAUCACCACCACUUCGCACCGUCAGGUACAGAUGAAAGCUCCACCAAAACAGUCCAUUUAGCUCCCAGUAAAUUUAGUGCUAACCAAUCAGGUGCGGUUUCAGGAGACCCUGAUUCUGACGAAGACAGGGCUCAAAAGUCUUCCAUACUGUUACCAUCCAGACUAGGUAUACUUAAUAAAGCCGACACUAUGCCUAGUCCCUCAAAGUGUCUAUUGCGACCCUCCCCGCUUGCUGUCCAAGUCCAGAGUAUGAAACAGAAGGACGAAAAGGACACAGAACAGAAGGAGAAAGAGAACCAGGAGACCUUGGACGGAGAGGAUAACCACAACAAUGGGUGUGGCGAUCAGCCAGCCAACACACCAGGUCUACCUGGUUAUACUGUAGAAAAUUAUUUUGCGGCUGCCCUGUCUGGGAAUGAAAAACUACCAGAUUCUACAACAGAUGUUGUCAGUGUUGCCGCCACAGAGUUUAUAUUUGGUCAAAACCUCACAGAUCGUGUAACAGGUAUACAAACGUCGCCUAGUAGUAAAACUUCCCCUACAUCAGAUGGUGGAUUUGUUUUUGGUACAAAUCUAGCAGAUCGUGUAGUGAAAACAGAAGGUGCAGAUAAGAAAAGUGACAAAAACCAGUUAGACUCUGAUGAAGAAUCGGAAUUAUCAAAAUCUACAGGUUUAGAGAAAGCUAGAACAUUGGAAGAAUCUGCACGAGAAUUCCAAGCCAAGCAUGAACGACGGCCUGAAUACAAGGAGGUGGAGGUGAAAACUGGGGAGGAGGAUGAAUCUAAUGUAUUACAGUCUACUGGUAAAUUGUUUGUAUUUGAUGGCCAAAAUCAAAGUUGGAUAGAGCGAGGAAGAGGCUUGCUGCGAAUUAAUGAUCAGAGUUCCCCAGUCUCAUCAGAGUUCCAGUCACGGCUUGUGAUGAGGACACAAGGUAGUCUUAGAGUAAUACUCAACACUAAGAUCUGGCCUGCUAUGACGAUCGAGAGGGCUAGUCAGAAAAGUCUCCGGAUCACUGCCACUGAUGGGGAGGAUGGGGUCCGAGUGUUCCUUAUCAUCACAAGUCCCAAGGACUGUGAGAACAUCCUGCGAGCUGUAGACUGGCGGAUACAACAGCUCAGAAUGCGAGAAGAACCGGUGAAAGAAAGCAAGUCAACAGAGAAACGUAAAGCUGACUCGGACUCUACCACAGAUGAAUCAAGCUGCAAAAAAGCGAGGUCUUCAGAUGAGUCAUCAGCAACACCCUGUAAUACAAAGAGAGAGGAGUCUGAUAGCAGUGUGCUAGACCCAGAAACAGAUGUGUCAUCAGAAAGUUGUACAUCGUCAUCCUUAACAGUCAGAUCCGAGUCAGACUGAGAAACAAAUGAACUGAACAUUUUAGAUAUUCAUCAAUGCAGAGCAGGGCAAGUCCCCAAGUCAUUUGUGGAAUGAAAAAGAUUGUGAAUUGAGACGGUGAUGAAGGGAUUGCAGACAGGCACUUGUCUACAAGAGUUUGGCAACAAUUCUGUCUUUCAUACAAAUGUGUUUUUGAUCAUAUUAGAUACUAUGUUGCCACAAGUCUAUGUAACAGUUAAUACUCCAAAACUGUCUUCAUACUUAAUUGAAUAUGGGUAUGAUCUGAAAGCUAUAGUUGGCUGCUGUGAAUUCUGAAUUGAUAGGUUAGUGAAUUAUGGAAUGACUGAAACUGAAAAAAGUAAACAAUAUUUACUUUUAAAAUCUUCCAGUAAAAUUGAAAUAGACUGUUUUCGAACUGAAAUACUACUUUACCAUAAAUAUUUUCAUGAAAAUUCAAAUAUGAUUUAAAGUAUUAUUUUUUCCUAAAUAAUAGGAAUUGCUAGCAUUUGUUUGUGGAUAACUGCCACAUAGCUGUACUUGGGAAAAUCUCUGUGAUUUUUUUUUUGUUUUUUUGUGAAGAGCCUGUUAAAGACUCUUUCCAGUAGGGAACUAAGUUCUACACUCUCCACUUCAUCUGGUCAUUUUGAAUGAUCAAUAGUUUACUAUCUAUCCUUGUCUUUACACACUACCAGUAUGUAUGUAGUGUUGGUAAAAUACAUGUUAUUUUUGGUGUAUGAAACUACUUUUUCAUAAUAAUUGAAAAUGCUGGUGUAUUUUUCUCAUAAAGUAUACAAAAAGUUUGUCAAAUAUCCACUCAUUAUGAACAAUUUCCCCAUUGCAAUUAUAUUGACAGUUGAUUGCUCUACAGUAUGGGUAUACCUAUAGUAUACAGUAAAUCACUUACGUUUUGUAACACAGAUCAUGUAUACAAACAUCUCACCAAUGAGUAUUUAAGUUAACAGCAGAUGUAGCUGUCGUCUAGCCAUUUUUUUAUUCAAAUCCACAAAUAAAUCAAUGAAGAAUGAUAUUAAAAGUAAGUAUUUACAAUUAAGAAAUGAUAUUCAGUACAUGGGUGUGUAAUACUAAUUUUAUCAUUAGAUAUUGAGUUAAUUUGCAUUCUGCCAGAAUGUCAGUAAUUGUAUCAAAACCCAUUACUAGUAAAUAUUGACAGUGUCAUUCAAGAAGAAUAAUGUUGACUAACUCUCUGUCUUAGUAUCAUAUCUAAAAAAAAAUGGACAGAGGCCAGUUGUUAAAACAGUAGGGACAAAGGCCAGUUGAUAAAACAAUGGGGAUGGAGGCAAGUUGUAUUGUGCUGACAACAGCCUCUGUAGGAUACUGAAAUAUUAUAGAUGUAUACUGUGUUAAAAUGUUAUAACAAGUGGUGUUUCAUCGCCAGAGUUAAUUGUUGGAAAGCCUUGCAACAACUUCCAUUGAUUAGUUUGAGGACACGGGUCAUUGAAUUUGUUAGUUAUCAAUAUAAAAAUGCAGUAAAAUCCAGCACUCACCACUCCUUCUGCAGUGUAGGUUGAAGUUUUUGCAUCAUCAAUCUUGUUAGUGCUGCACUAUUGAAUGCAUGUAGCAGAUGCUGAUUUUGAUCUUUAUUUCACAUUUAUUAAGUUGCUUAUUAGUAAAAUGUCGGGUUAAAAAGUUUUCUGUUGUUCAUACCUUUGUCACUAUAAGUGCUAAAUGGAAUAUAUCUUAUCAACAGUGCUGCUAUGGUUGCUCUACUAAAUCUGUAUGCAAGUCAUAAUUUGUCCGCUUGCUUUAUACACUGGGUUUCAAUUAUGAAAUAUCCUCAGUAGGUAUAUUAUAGGUAGAUAUAUAGAAUGGUCUUACCCUAACUCCUUCACACUGACAGACAACAUAUAAAAAGUGUCUAGGGAGAGAUGUGUUGUAUCACAGUAUGUAUACAGCAGUAUAAAAUACAAAGCUCUGUUCCAUUCAUUAUUGUGAAAUGUCCUAAGUUGUAACUCCCCUAAAUUGUCCACUGAUUAGAGAAUUAGGAUGACAGCUUCUUUUCUCUCUCUCUCUCAAAAAAAAAAAAAUUCAUCUGCAAAUAUUUUGAAUCUCUUCUUAACUCAACCCCAUGGAACUUUUGGUGGUCCAGGAAGUGUUCCAAUGAAAAGAGUUUGUUUAUGGUUAGACAGAUUAAGAUAUUAAUCGUUGGAUGCAAGUUUAAAAUCCUCAAAAUUCUAACGAUUGGGUUUACGUAGCACAUCUGCACAAUGAGAUAUUGGUGGUAAUUAAGAGCAUAGCCCUUGGAUCUUGAAAGUUGCUUGAAAUAGCUGUUGACACUACCAUCAAAUCUACAUAAAUAAACAUAACAAAUAGGAUUAUUUUAUACACAUUAAACCUAUGUAAUUCUGUGUUGUUUUAUUGCUUUUGAAAUAAAGAAAUGUAUGAGAAACAUUUUCUUAUGUUGCCAGUCAGUUUGCAAUAGGUAUAUAAACAUGAAAUUGACUUAUUCAGCUAUCCUCUACUUCUUAUUCGGCUAUCCUCGAUUUCUUAUUCGGCUAUCCUCGACUUAUUCAGCUAUCCUCGAUUUCUUAUUCGGCUAUUUUCGAUUUCUUAUUCGGCUAUCCUCUACUUAUUCGGCUAUCCUCGACUUAUUCAGCUAUCCUCAACUUUGUGUUUAGAAAACUAGAUUCAGCAUGCAUGGUUAUAUAUAGUCAUACUAAUACCUCAGUUAUUGUUUGAUUAAUUAAUGACUCAUUUUCUGUAUUGUUAUUGAGUGAUUCAUGAUAUGGCUUAAAUUCACGAAAAUUAAGGUUAUACGAUAUGCAUAUAUGUGUUUUAAGUUGCAAUAAUAUACAUUUUCCAAUGGGUAUAUAUUACAUGGUUUUGUAUUACCAUUCAUUCAGUAUUAGCUGCUACUUUUACAUUUUCAUGGUAUCUAUUGUUAAUAUAUUAAUUGUAUUAAGAUGGUGUCCUGGAAUUGGUUAGGACGGAAUGUAGAGUGUGAACAAAUGAACAACUUAUCAGCAUUCAAGUAAUUUUGAUCAGUAAAAUCAAAUACAAUUCUAGAACUUUGGAAGUUCAUCUGCUUACAAGUUACAAGGUUUCUAAAGUGAGUUCUGAAGGCUAACAGUUAUUUUAUAAGGAGCUCUGAAUGAAAGUGGCCUUGGAAUUAAAGGUGUGUUACCAGCCAGUUGAUGGAAAAGAAAACAGUAUGGGCCGGCCGGGAGAGUUAACAGCUGUUGUUACAGGGAGUAUAGUUGAGUUUAAAAUGGAUAUUCAAACCCUGCCUACACUACGCUCCAGCAAUAACCAUCUCUCAGAAAUUGUCCAUGUGUUGUCCAGAGCUACGUAUUACAGCGAAGUUGAGUUUAGUUCGGUACAUCUCCGAUUUUGUUGAACUAGUGUUCAGUUCAGAUACAAGGUCAUUCAGAUAUGUGACUUAACCGUGCACAAUAGGUUUAGUUUGAUGACCGGUAUACACCCAGGUCAGACAUAGAGUUAAUAUGGUGGAACAAACCUACUACAUAUUACUACACACAUCACUAAUGUCACCAAUUUAUCCUAUACCAAAUUAGGCAAAUUACAGUGUAUUUACUCUCUAACAUCACCCAAUUAAUAUCAACAAUCAGUUUCCUUAUAACCGCCAUCGAUCAGAUAAUAUUACUUUUGUAGAUGUCUUGUAAUGUUAAUUUCUGUAUUCUGACUACUUCUUAAGGAAUUUACAGAAACUUAUUUCAGUGUCCAUAAUCAUUGUACAUGUAAUGUGUUACUGUCAAAUCACUUAGAAGCUUGUUACUCAUCUGAUAAAACCCAUUGAUGUCAAAGUUUCCACUGACGUGAGAUUUGGUUGCAUUAUGUCAUGGUAAAUGUGGCUACAUAUUCUAAUACUUGUUGACCAUGAGGAAGUGUUUAUGUCAUACAAACAAAAGAAUACUGCAUGUUUCACUUGUUGUUCAGUACUUCCUGUCUUUUUAUAUAGUAGUAUAAACAGAAGAUACUAGAAAUUGAAAAAUAAUGAGUCUGAUAUGUGGUUUUCUGAUGCAUUUACUAAAAAUAAUAUUAAAAUUGAAACAAAGUGAUAAGCAAUAAAAGAACAUAAGUUUUUGAAAAUUUGUUUCUAUUACAUACACUGUCCAUUUUCACUUAUUAUGGUACAAAUGGUUUCACCACUAGGACAGUUUGUGAAAUUAGGACAGACAUGGUGAUUUCAUGUUGUUUUCAGACCAACCUUGACAAAGACAUUAAAGGCCUGUACUGCAGGUCUGUCAGGAUUUUUACCUGAAAUAUUGCAUUUAAAAACUGAAAUGAGCUUGUCCCCAUAUACAAACCGGUCCCUAAAGGACACUAGUAAUGGAUUAGAUCCGUCCUUCCUUUCUCUUCUGAUUAAUAUAAUAAUGCUUAUAAAACAUAAAGGAUGUGUUAUGACUCAAAGUCUGUGUUGUAUACAAACAUUAAAAGAAUUACCUACUCAAAAGAUAUGAAAAAAAAUUAAUCCUAUGUGAAGUAUAACUUUUGAACAGAGUCCAUGAUAAAUAUUCCUGAAUCUUUUUUAUGCAUACGGUUUUAUUAAAGAUCAAAAUAAUGGAAUAGGAACAUCAAUAGAACUGCCACACAACUCCCUACUAUAAGUAGCACUACCUACUGGAGAUAUGCAUCACUCCACUAGUAACGACAGUGUACAUACAUUACCUAGUCAGGGGCAUACUUCAAACUCCUUCACCAACAACUACUGUACUUUGUAUUCUUGGGUCUUUUGAGAUGAUUGAAAAUCUGGUUUUAUAUCCCACUACACAGUUACUGGCCUUUGUUUAAUAUGUAGGGCAAAUAUUGUAUACAAUUUCAUUUAUAAUAGGCAUAUUUUGUAUGUUCGAAUGGAUUGCGAAAAUGUGUCACAUGCCCUUCUGUUUACAUUGCACUUUGUUAAUUUUCAUACCAUUUUUGUUUUGUUUUUUGUUUUGUCUGGGAAAUAUAGACUUGCACCUCUGUCUUGUUAACUUAAUUAGGGUAUUUAAUUUGUACAGUUUUGUGCCAGUAUUCAUUUCUAAAAAUUAAAUGCAUUUGAUUGAUAUUCCCCGAUAUUUGAUUUGAUUUGAAUCAAGAUACUGGUUCUUUUAAGCCAUAAAUUAGAUAUCCUCUUAAAAAGUACCUGUAUAAUACCUAUGUUAUACCAUUGCAAACAAUGUAUGCCCCAGGCCAUAUUGUAUUUGUGCAUAGCUUAUACAUGAUCCAGGGAGUACCGUUUAUAAUGAUAAAUUGCUUAGAUAAUUUAAAAGUAAAGAAUAGUACCAAGAAAAUUACAAUGAUUUGAUGGAUGCAAUAAUAUCUGCAAGGUUAUUAAAGAGAUACCAAUAUAACAAAAUAUAUCAUGAUUAUGGCCAUACCAUCAACAUGAGAAGAACGAUUAUCACCAUUGUCUCAUAAACAACGGGGUUGACAUCAAUGUCGUAUGUUGUUAUUGAGUUAUAAGGUGGGAAUUUACAUCAAUUUAAGUUUAUUCAUUUUAACUUAUUGAUUUUUUUUUCAAUUGUGCAUAAUAUCUAGUUUCUGUUUAAAAUUGAAAGUUUAAUCACAACAGUCUUUAUUGAAAUACUAAACAAUAGUUUUCUUGGGCAGGUACUUGUGACCUAAAAUAUAGUCGGUUUAAUUACUUAGUAAGAUCUUCGAUGUCUGUUAGAUUAACAAUUUAGUUCUAGGCAAUUCAACUGUAGAGUUGGACCAUUGUUGAGUCGGUACAGACUACCGUAAUAGUCCACUGUAUACGUAAUUUUGAUGAAAUUAAGAGAUAAAGAGAGAAUAAGAAGUUUGUUGAAUAUCCAUCCAAUAGCCUUUCGCAAGGAGAUGCUAGAUGGUGCCACGUAACUGGUAGUAGAGUGGAGAAGUAUAGAUCCCGGCUGUGGUGAUACACACACGGAUGUUUCCUCAAGGAAUAAGAAAGAGCUUAAAAAGUGUAUGCCGUUUGUACUAUGUACAUCUUGGCCAUAAUUAUUGUAUAAAGUAAUUUCUGUAUUUUCUGAAAUUUGGCCAUUAAAACAAUGAAAUAUCAA